AUGGCCGCCAAUUCCAGCCCGUUCGCCGGCGCCCCCGCCGAGACCUCUAACGAGGACGAUCCCGCAUCCGCAUCAGAUACACAAUUUUACAACUAUGACGACUCGAAUUCAUCCGCUCUUCCUGGUCAUCCUCAGGAUGUCGCUUCCGGUCAUGGCCAUCUUUCCGAUUCGAAAUCGAAGGAGCCUCAUCCCAUGCAGAAGCGGCGCCGAGUGACUCGCGCCUGCGAUGAAUGUCGUCGCAAGAAAAUCAAGUGCGAUGGGAAACAGCCGUGUACGCAUUGCACAGUCUAUAGCUAUGAAUGUACGUAUGAUCAACCCUCGAACCGGCGCCGAAACCCUGCGCCGCAAUAUGUCGAGGCACUCGAGAAUCGUUUGCAUAAAGCCGAAGCCCUUCUCCGCGUGGUUCUACCGGACCUGAACCUGGACGACCCUCAGUUUGACGUGCAUGCGACCGAGCAGAUGCUGGCCGCCAUCAAAAAGGAAAAACCGCAGCCGCCAAUGCCAACCGCAAGCGCCCCUAAAACCUCGACUGCUCCUGAACCGACAACGGACGCAGCGGACGGUGGUGCCGGUGACGAGUCACUGUUGGAGUCUAUGGUUGAGAAUUCAGGCUGCCUGGAUUUGGAUGACCAGGGUCAUUGGGAUUAUCAUGGACAUACCUCCGGUAUCAUCUUCCUGCAACGGUUGCGCAAGCAACUUGGGGCUUCAGACAUGCCGGUCCCGUCGUUCCGAACACGGGUCCUCUCUCAGAUGUUGGAUAGCCCCAAGUCGACGUCCGAGUCUCCGUCGGAUUCCUCGCUACCCCCCACUCACGAUCUGCCCCCCGGGAUGUUGCACAGCCCCAGCUUCUUUGCCAUGCUAGAUCGAAUCUAUGAUACCCCUCCGGAGCAGUUUGGAAACGAAGAGAAUUCGUUCUUGCCGCUUCUGUACAUCGUCAUAUCAGUUGGCUGCUUGUUCUCAGAUGACGGGGCUGGUACCCUGGAUAUUGCAGGUUAUGAAGGCGCUAUUGGUCAAGGAUUUCAAUAUUUCAAGGCUGGCCGACAACUCCUGGACAUCACCGAUUGCCGUGAUUUGACCUCGUUACAAGCAGUUUGUUUCAUGGUCUUGUUCUUACAAUCCUCCGCCAAACUAAGUACGUGCUAUUCGUAUGUGGGAAUAGCGCUCCGUUCGGCUCUGCGCUUAGGCCUGCAUCGCUCUGUAGCCGCCGACUUCAACCCCAUCGAGCGAGAGUUGCGGAAACGCAUUUUCUGGGUCGUGCGGAAGAUGGACGUCUACGUGAGCACCCUGCUGGGGCUGCCCCAGAUGUUGAGCAAUGACGACAUCGAUCAGGAGUACCCUAUGGAUGUUGAUGGGCAGUUUAUCACCAAGGAUGGUAUUUUGCCCAUGCCGUCGGAUUAUACGCCCUUGAUGGCAGGGGCCAACGCCCACACUCGGCUGUCCAACAUCAUUCUCAAGGUGGUAAAGUACAUAUAUCCAGUGAAGAAUGCUCUGCAUCCGUCCAAGUCGGAUAUGCGCUACAUGGUGAGUCAUUCCAAGAUUCGCGAAAUCGAGCGCGACUUGCAGACCUGGAUGGAGGAACUGCCUGCAGCUCUCCGUCCGGGGACGGAGGUAUCUCCCCAGUUAGAACGUAUCCGACAACUGUUGCGAAUCAGCUAUGCUCACGUGCAGGUUGUCAUGUAUCGACCCUUCUUGCAUUAUGUGUCUAGCGGGUCACAAGCUCGAGGUGUGGACCGACGGUCAUACGCUUGCGCCGCCGCAUGCGUGAGCGUCUCACGAAAUAUUGUCCAUAUUACGACUGGCAUGCACAAGCGAGGACUGCUCAAUGGGUCCUUCUGGUUUACCAUGUACACGACCUAUUUCGCCAUCUUGUCCUUGAUCUUCUUUGUACUCGAGAAUCCUGACUCGCCGACGGCCAAGGACGGUGUUUUGAAAGACGCCAUGGAGGGCAAGAAUACUCUGGCCGGACUGGCGAAGAAGAGUUUGGCGGCAGAUCGCUGCUCGCAGAGUCUCAAUUCUCUGUUCAAGAACCUCCCUGAGCUCUUGAAAAACCGCCAGAGCUCGGUGAAGCCUGUGAAUCUCAAGCGUCCAGCGCCGGCUGCUGUCUCUCGGCCUGCUGCAAAUGUGAAGAGUCAGCAAUCUGCGCCGGAGAUAGCGCCUCCGCAGAGAGCUAGUACUUUUCCGCUGCAGCUACUGAGCCGACAGUCCAAGGCCGAGGCGAGCAAUACACCCAAGAGCUUGGACGAUAGCCAUAAUUUUGGCAGUGGCAAGAUGUUGUAUCAGAGCCAAGUCAAUACCCAAGUCAGUACCCCAACAUGGCCUCCGUCUACCCCGGAGCCCCGUACCGACACCACCACCACGACGACGCCCGAGCCCCUUAUUGCCGAUCAAGCUCGCGCAACGACCACAGCAUCUCCAAUGCCGGGGAUGCAUUCGCGAGAGCCCUCGUCGGGGCAAUUCUCAGCACAGCAGUUGGCCAAUACUGGAAAUUUGCCGGACCUCAUGCCCAUCAUGUUCCCAUCCGACGAUCCCUUUGCCUAUCCCACUCAACCAAUGUCCACAUUGGAAGAUGACCAUUUCCGCGUCGACGGACUGGGUCUACAGUCAGCGAAUCAGUUCGGAUUCGACCCGUCAUCGCAAGGGUUACCGUCGAAUGAUUCACCAAUGGGCGCGGUGUCCACUCCGACGUUUGACAACUUUGGCACUUUCCCGCUUUUCAAUAAUGGAACGUCAACCGGCAUCAAUGCCACACUCCCGCAUCGUGUCGCACCGCAGAAGCAGCAGGCCAUGAACCAAGCGCGGCUGCAGUCACCCGUGUCGCAUAGCUCGACUCCUGGCAGCGGCACCGAGGCGGUCAACAGCCCCGACCUGGUGUCUAUCCCCAAUCAGAACUUCAUGUGGCAAGGAUACAACUUCCAGCCACAGACGUUCCCUCAGGAUUCGUCAGGGCCGCAACAGGUACCGACGACAACUGAAUCACAGGGCUUUAGCAUGGGAAUAAACGAGAACAACGAAAUGGGAGCGGGCCUUGACAUGGGGUUUCUCCCUCUAGACGAUAUCUUCGGCGAUCCCUGCCGACCAAACACGCUCGCCAACGAUGACUGGAUCCAGUGGAUGAAUGUGGGAAGUUGA